GUGACGUAAGUCAUGCAGUAUCGAGGCCUAGGUCUCCUUUCGAGCAGUUUUUCCAACAGCAGUGCGAGACGAUACGUGGCAAUAGGAGCGAUCGUAGACAGUUUAAGGACUCCUGUUCGAAUAUUCCGGUUUCAAAGGGCCGAUGUCUCGUAGAGCUCCAAUUUGCGCAUAAGUGAUCAACUGGUGUUCAUCUCCGGGGAUAAUUCAAACUAUGGAGAUUCGAGAGCUGCCACCGGCUCUUAAAAAACUCGCAGAACGAGAACUUAACGAGGACGAGAAACAACUCGAGAAGGACGUCCAUUACGUCACGGAAUGGCUGGGAAAACAGCCGCAUAUAUGCGCAAGAAUCGAUCAACAAUGGCUGGUAGGCUUUCUUAGGGGCUGCAAGCACAGUUUGGAGAGGACGAAGGAAAAACUGGAGACUUAUCACACAAUCAGGACCCAUCUUCCGGAGAUGUUCACGGGAAGAGAUCCCGCCGAUCCCAAGAUCCAAGAAAUCCUUGACCUAGGGUCGUACUUGCCCCUGCCAACGACGGAGACUCCAGAAAGCCCUAGGAUAGUUCUAGUGAGAGGAGCCAUUUUUGACCCUAGCAAAUACACCUUUCUAGAAAUGGCACGGGUCUAUUUCAUGAUAAUGGACCUCCUCGUGCUCGGAGACGACAGGCUAGGGGUUGCCGGACAGGAUACGUUAUUGGAUCUGACCGGAAGUACUCUCGAGCACACUUCCCUCUAUACCCCGGCCAUUGUUAAGAAGGUGCUCACCUGUUUUCAGGAUGCUUAUCCAAUCAGAUCAAAGACUAUGCACUACAUUAAUACUCCGGUAACCUUCGACAUGAUUUACAGCAUUUUCAAGAUGUUCAUGAAGGAGAAGCUGAAGAAAAGGGUAAUGAUUCACGCUGAUAUGGAGUCAUUGUUUAAAUAUUUACCGAGGAAGGUAUUGCCUUCUGAUUACGGCGGCGAGGGGCCAUCCAUCGCGACCUUAACUGCCGAGUGGAAGCAGAAAGUGAUCGACAAUCGCGAAUGGUUUUUGGAAGAUGAGAAAUAUCGAGUGGAUGAAUCCAAAAGGCAAGGGAAAUCAGUCUCCGGGUUCGAUUUGUUCGGAGUCGACGGUAGCUUUAAACAAUUGAACAUCGAUUGA